CUGUUCGAGCCAACUCGCUCGGACGAAUCGAAUCGAAUCGAAUCACAUCGAAUGAUUCAAUCGCCUUGUCAUUUUUUUCAUGAUCUCAUCAUGCAUCAUCCAAGAUACAAUCAAAGCAUCUCGUUCCAUUCCUUGUCAUGCACACUGCUUGAUUUCUCAGACUCGCUGUCCAUGAGGGUAGAUGCUACAGUAGUACCGGUAGAGCCAAAUUCGAGAGCUUGGGACGCUUUGCCAUUUGCCAUCGAUGCUCCAUCGCCAAGGAUUUGAUUCGUCAUUGGUUCGAAUUCGGCUGUCCAGGCCGCGUGAUUCAGCUAAGUGGAACGCUGAACGAUUUAAUUCGUUUGCUGAGUUGAGUUGACGUUCAUGAUGGCAGAAUAAGUACUUUCGAUAGGAUACUACUGUGGCAGCCAAGAAGACAUUUUUUUGAGGCUCUCUGAAGGAUUAUCCCAAAUUGAUGCUGCUGGCACGGUCGGUACCCCAAUGCAACGACGACUGUUUCGAAUAUCAUCCUCUGCUUCAGUGGGGGGAACUCAGCUCUCUCCAGCAUUUAUUUGCUUGGGGCUUUGGGUUGCGCUACCGGUGCCAUCUUGACGCGGCAGUUCUUCUGCUCGUCUUGUUUGAGCCGCCCAGUUACCUUCUUUGCUGGCUUAUCCAGAACGAAAAUUUACACACGGUUUCCCAUGUUGCAUUCCCAUUUGACCAAUUAUUUUAGAGGGCUCUUCAGUUGGGUGCUACCUACGUGAAAAACCUACCAAGCGCUACGUACUCCUCCAAUAUCCCUCGCCAAACAAGAAGAGCAGCAAACUCAAAAUCAAGUCAAUUCAAUUCCAAGCAAUACAAUUUAUUUGGAUUGUCAAUUUUAUUACCUCAAUCAACCAUGGACGACGACGACGACGAGACAACACAAAAGAGCCAUGACGGCGGGUCCGCAAAAAAACGCCAAGGGCGGCCCAGUAACUCUAUCGUUUGGGAAAAUGUUCAUUUGGAGUCGAUUGAAUUGGAUGACGGUACCACCACGGUGAUGCAGCAGACAUGCGUCCAUUGCAACAAAGUCAAUAGGGCCAAUAAACCGCAAACGACAUGGUGGGCGGUCCAUCUGGUCGAUCGGGGUCCCAAGGGAUGUCCCAAAGCGCCCAAUUCAGUGCGGCAUGCCAUUCUAAAUACCACCAGUUCGCAGCAAGUGCGUGACGCUGGAAUGGGAUUGAUGACCAACCACACCGCUGCAAGCCAGAGCAACAAGCAAAAAGGACGCAAGGGAAUGCCGCCAAUCCCCAUUGCGGGAGUCAAACGAGGGCUCUCCAAGUUGCUAGAGGACAAUAUUGUCGUGGAACAAGUAUCGGAUGGAAACAUUUCUCAGACAUGUCGUCACUGCAAGAAGAACAGAACCUGCAAACAGACCCUGGCAACGGUCUGGUCCAAGCAUUUUGUCGAUAUUUCGGCCAAAGGAUGUCCUGAUGCGCCUUUCUAUGUCCGGCGUGCCAUUGCGGCAGAAUCGAGUUCGGCCGAGGUCAAGCGAUUGGCGGAAUCACAGGGCUGGCUCGUGGAAGUACAAGGCAAUGCCUACAGCAACAGUCCCGGCGUCACUGUCAACCAGAACAGGAGCGCCGAGGAGGACGACCAAAAGCCACGGACUCCAAAGCGAGCCAAGACUAAUAAUGAUACCUGUUCCGAACCAUUGGAUGGAUGCUGUCAGGCUCAGGCAGACAGUAUCUCCAUGAAGAUCAUGGAGUUCUUGUCGGCAUGUGGGCACUCCAUGUUGUUGAUCCAGUCACCCGUCUUUUUGGAUCUCCUCCGGUCCCUCAACCAGGCCUAUGUGGACAGGUACCUGGGCAAGGCAGAUGUCUUUGUCAAGACAUGGCUCCCCAAACUAUUUCAAUCCGUACAGGUACAACUUGAGAAUCUCUGGAACGAUCAGCAACGAAAACAGCAAGCCUUGGCAACGCUGGGAUUGUGGGGAGCUGGUAAGCAGCAUUCGUCCUCUUCAGGUCCCACGGGCAAAAUUUUCACGGAAACCCUCCAAGAGAACAAGAUUGCCUUUUGGGGCACUGUCACGGGGGAAAGCGAAGAAGGUGUGACCGCCAGUGGAGUUGCACAACUAUUGGCCAGCCACAUGAUUUCCAAGGCAGAAGGGGAUGAAAGCAAGGUGACGGAUACCUAUGGUGCUGUCGUCGUGACCACGGACGAUGAGUUGAACGCACAGGUUGGGAACAUUCUCCAGGAGCGAUUCCCCUUGUUGUUUGUCAAUCGGUGCCGUUUGCAGACCAUUUUGGAGAUCCGGGAUGGAAUCUUUGCCAUCCCCGAGAUUGCUCGAGCGUAUUCCGAUGCCCAAUUCAUUGCUCAUUUCAUUCGAGACCAUCCCGCAGUGUCCGAAGCUUACCAUCACGCCAAUCAUGCAUCGGGAGAAAGCAUGCCAGUGCCCGCCGCAAGUCAAGACUUUGAACAGGUCAUGGAGCUGAUGGAGUCUGUCGUCGGUAUCGGAGGAAAUCAUGAACACGGCGACAAACAUAAUAUCAACACGGAACGGUUUCUCGCACUCACUCGAGAUAACCCAUUGGUUUCUGCAAGCACCGAAACCGGACCGGUUGACCCUCAAUUGGUGCAACGAUUUGAAGCACUCGUCUCGAAUGCCAACACUUUUGCGAGGUUCCAAGCACUGGGCAAGCUCCUGCGACCUCUUGCCUUGUUUGAAAAGCAUCUGCAGAGACCCGACGUUCGUGCCUCUUGGAUCUACCCCGUCUUUCAUGCACUCUUGCUGGAUGUCAAAGAGUGGUGCAGCAGCGAAGAUGUCAAACUGGCCUUUCCAGAGGAAGAGACCUUUGACCAGUUGUUGAAUGGUACCCUCCAACGCUGUUGGCGUGGCGAACCAGGGCGCCCUGGUCUGUUCUCUCCUCAACUUCUAAUGGCCAUGCUCUUGGAUCCGACCACUUGCCCGAAUUCAGACAACCUGCCCGAUGAUUGGGACAACGACAGCGAAGAGGUGCUGAAACGGUUCUAUAGUGGAAAGCAACUGCUGGAUGCGCAGGCAGAACUCAUGACCUUAUUGGACCACCAAGGCAAGUUUGGUCGUGAGGUGGAUCGCUAUCAAGAGGCACUCAAGACAGUUGCCCCAUUUGCAUCACACUGUCGAUUAAAUGUUCAGCAAGUUGUGGAUCGGCAAAUGCCGGCAGUAGACAUGAAGCCUCAUCUUGCAUGGAAGCUGAGUCUGAAGAGUUCCUUUCCUCUCCUGCGGCCGAUUGCCUCUCGUGUGUUGGUGAUGGGUUCUGCCUCGGUUGAGACUGGGUGGGCGAGCAAACUGGACAAGGCGCUAAAUUCUAUUGGCGCUCACCAUCAGGCAAGUCCAGUACUGGCCGAGAACACAGUGCUCAUGCUGCUUUACUGUCAUUUGAACCUACGAUCGAUUCAGCGCAGCAAGUCCUCUGACCACGACGCUGGCAUUUUGGGGAUUUCCUCGUUUGAAGAGUUUUUGGGUCAAGCCCUUUUGGACAACACAGACGCACCAAUGCCAGUCGUCGAGCAGAGCGACUGUUGUGCCGGUGCCGGUGGGUGUCAUGACAAACCCGAUAGUGGGUUCAAACUUGACGAAUGCGGUGAUGGCUGCUGCUAGCUCUAGAAGAUACACGUUUCUUUCAUUUCAUACUGUAGUUCAGGAUCUGUUUUCUC